GCUCCAACUAGCAAGAUGCGGAUGAGCUUUGCAGAAGCAGAAACCUGUCUUCAGCCGCAAUGGCAUUGGGAGUCUGUCAAAUGUUGUAAAUGUUUUUGUUUUUUUUUAAUAAUUCGACUGUUUUACGCUUUGUACAUUUCACAACCGAGAAACGUCACAAGUGGAUUUCGACGCGUCAAGACCAUUCGACAAUAAAGCAACCGUCCCCAGGAAGGAUAGAAAGUGACGGUAAGCAGGCUGAAUGGCUGAGCCGGAGCUCCUCCUGGACUCCAACAUUCGACUCUGGGUGGUGUUGCCCAUUGUCUUCAUUACCUUCCUCGUGGGGGUCAUACGUCAUUAUGUGUCCAUUCUUCUUCAAAGUGACAAGAAGUUGACUUUAGAGCAGGUGUCAGACAGCCAGGUACUCAUUCGGAGCAGAAUCCUCAGAGAAAAUGGGAAAUACAUUCCGAAACAAUCCUUCUUAAUGAGGAAGUUUUACUUCAAUAAUCAAGAAGAUGGAUUUUUCAAGAAAACCAAAAGAAAGGUUGUUCCACCCUCUCCAAUGACUGAUCCCAGCAUGUUGACAGACAUGAUGAAAGGAAACGUGACCAACGUGCUUCCCAUGAUCCUGAUUGGAGGCUGGAUAAACUGGACCUUUUCAGGAUUUGUAACGACAAAGGUCCCUUUCCCUCUCACGCUGCGUUUCAAGCCCAUGCUGCAACAAGGAAUAGAGCUGCUGUCAUUGGACGCUUCCUGGGUGAGCUCGGCGUCGUGGUACUUCCUGAACGUCUUUGGACUGCGCAGCAUGUACUCAUUAAUCCUGGGCCAGGACAACGGUGCAGAUCAGUCAAGGAUCAUGCAGGAGCAGAUGAGUGGGGCUGCCAUGGCCAUGCCUGCAGAUACAAAUAAAGCUUUCAAGGCGGAAUGGGAGGCACUGGAACUCACCGACCACCAGUGGGCGCUGGAGAGCGUGGAGGAGGAGCUCAUGAGUCUGGAGCUGAACUUCGACGGCAUGUUUAGCAAGGAGCUGCCAACUGGGAUCUUCUGAUGCCCGGCUAGUUUCCACCAGUGAGGGUGUGUGUGUGUGUGUGUGUGGGAGGGGGUCUUUCGAUGCACGGAUUUGUUUUUGUUUCAGAUUGAACAAAUCCCUGCAUAUUAUGCAAUGUUUACAUUCUGUUUUUUCAACUUGUACUAACUUUCCACUACUGAAAACAAUGGAUGUUUAACAUAGUGAGAUGCAUUACACAGUAAAUUGCUAAACAACGUCACCUAUCCAUUAUGCUUUUCUUGUAUUUCAUUUGUACCUUUGGCUUAAACCAAGACGGAUAGAUUACAACUUCCGUGCCCGAACAAUGUUUAAUUUAACAAUCUGUGUAUGGCACCUGAACCAGUUUGUGUCAUUUUGAAUUAUGUGUAAAUGGUUUAUUUUUUAAUUUGUGACACCCUCUUGUGUUUGUUUUGUACAGUAAAAUCAGUUUUGAC